CCACUGGUGUUGUGUAACACACACUCUGCUUUCCCAAUUGUACCGCCCAACAGUCCCACAACGUAGGUAUUUAAGCAGGUAGUGUUGGUGAAACAACGCCACAUUCAAACAAGAUACAACUGUGAUACAGCAGCAGCAUUUAAAGCUCACUGAUUCCUCUCUGGACGUAAAAGCUGCCUGAAGGAUGAAGGCCGUAGUGCUGGUUGCCAUGGUCCUGCUGGCUGUGAGCUGUGGAGAGGCACUGCGAUGUAACAGGUGUAUCAACAAAGGCUGCAGGAACACAGUGGAAACCUGCUCAUCUCCCAAUGAUGUUUGUGCCAGAGUCAUGUUCCUACCCCCUAUGCCUGUCAAUUACUUUAGGAGAUGCAUGAAGGCGUCAGACUGCCAUCUGAUGACUUCCGUUCCCAAUGUCAGUGCCUUCUGCUGCUCGACGGAUCUCUGCAACUGAUCCCUGGCAUCUGCCUCGCAGAUGGAAAUUCACGCUGUGACCCCGCCCAGAGCAAAGCCCUGCAAC